AUGGACCCAAACCUUAAUUUAGGUGACUCUAUAGAAAAAUUUGAUAUUAAAAUUAAGUCAAAACCAAAAGAUGGUGUAAUUUUACAGCUUCACCACACAGUUCGAGGUUCGAAUGGCGAAAGUCGGCGUAUAAGGUUUUCUUCAGCCGUAUUUGAUGACUCUCAGGAAAAAUUAGCGUGUGCCGACAAUGUUGGAAACAUUUUUAUACUCGAUUUUGCAGAUCUCAAAUUUUGGAAAAUAACAAACCGAGGAGCCUUCACCGCACUUCACUUUUUUCCAAAUAAAUUGGAGACAUUAAUCGUGGCAAAUAAGAGUUAUAACAUAAACCUCAUUGACAUAGAAUCAGGUGCAAUCUCACUCACACUGUCUGGCCACAGUGCUCCUAUAAAACACUUAUCGUUUUCAAAUAACAAAAAGAAUAAUCUUUUAACAGCUAGUGCAGUCGAAGCCAUUUUAUGGGAGCUCACUAAUUUUACAAAAUAUUUUACACUAAAUACUUAUUCUGGUGCUCAAAUACAACAAAUUAUGUUUACUCCGUCUGGGGAGUAUCUAGUGUCUUGUUUUCAAAAUGAUACUAUUCAAGUGUGGAGGCAUGAUACUAUGAAAUCAGUGAAGCAAAUUAUCCCGAGUGAACUCAAACACCUGAAAAGCAUAGCAUUUACAAUGAACGGCAGAGCUAUGGCAAUAGCCGGUCUCUCUACCACCUUAAUCCUGUUUAGCAUGGAUACCUGGAAAGCACUUUUAUCACUAGAUUUAACAAAGUUUAAUAUAUCUGGUGCUCAACAAGUUUCAUUUCUUCCACAAGUUUUUGAUGGAGGCUCCAAUAAGAUCCUUGGUGUUUUAAGCAGUGAUUGUAUAGUCUAUUUGAUCAACAUAGAAUCAGUGAAACUUGUUCAUGUAGUCCGCUUUGAAUCAUCAGGCAUUAGAGAUUUCAUUGUUAGCCCUACGGGAAAAUAUUUUUUAUGUAUACUACAACUGGGAGAAGUUAAUAUUUAUAACACAUCAUUUGUACUGGAUUUAGCAAAAAUUUCAAAGGAGAAAGUAACCGUGCCAAUAAAAUCAAUGCCACAUAUGGUAUCAAAAAACGAUUUACAUACUAAAUUUGAGGUUGAAAAAAGAAUGCGCACUUGUAUGGAUAGUGUUAGAUUAAGAAGAAUUCUCAUGCAAUAUGGAGAGUAUCCGGAAAAAUUUAGAUCAGUUAUUUGGCGAUCACUACUCGCCACUCCAAGAAAUAAAGUAGCCUAUUCAAAUCUCAUAGACAAAGGUAUUCACCCUGCUUUCAAAAAUAUUGAGAAACAGUUCACAAUCCACAGUUCCAUGACCCUAAAGAAUCUUAAAAGGUUGCUUUCUUGUCUUGCACAUUGGUGUCCAUUAUUUGGAGUCUUAAAAUUUCUACCAGGAUUUGUAUUUCCAUUUGUAAAGGUGUUACAGAAAGAUCCACUGUUACUAUUUGAAUGUGUAGCGACAGUUCUUUUAAACCAAUGCCAGCUUUGGUUUGAGUAUGCUCCAUUUCCUCCCCUCAGUAUAUUAGCCAUAAUUGAGAAUAUUCUUGCUGAACAUGACCAGCAGCUUCUGGAUCAUUUUUGUGAUCUCGGAGUUACAAGUCAAAUCUAUGCUUUAAAAAUUCUAGAAACAGCUUUUAGUGAAGUUCUCACAUGUUCGGAAUGGUUAAUUCUCUGGGAUCAUGUGAUAAGUAACGAACCCUCUUUUAUCAUUAUGGCUGUAGUCUCUUACAAUAUCAUUCAAAAAACAGCAUUAAGGAGAUUAACAACAUAUGAAGAAUUAGAGAAUUUCUUUCACAAGCAAAAUCCAUUAGAUAAAAAAGCAUUUUUGAAAAAGACGUACUCUUUGUUAAAUGAGACCUCUGAAGACAUCCACCCCAGGCGUUUUAUUAAAUCUUUUACAUCUCUCGAUAAAGGUUUAUGCUACCAACAAUUCUCAGGCUACCCGAAGGCUACAAUUUGCUUAAAGUUGGCUAGAAAAGAGAAGAAAAAGAAUAAGAGUGAUGGAUAUACCUUAACAGAGCUAACGUCAAAAAGUCAAGAACAAGAAAUAAUAAAUCGAUAUAAAUUUAGAGAAAAUGAAUCUAUGCACAAAUGUAGUGGUGAUGAUGUUGAGCAUUUCCUAACGGACAGACAUCGUAAAAAGAAGCAGCACGAGAGUGUACAGAGAAAAGGCGAUUUUGUUAAUAAGGAUGUUAAAGCAGAUUUAAUCAAGAGUAUUAUGUGUCCAGCUACUGUUAAUUUAAAGAAAGGCAGACGGCAUUCGGAAAGAUCGUGUAAAAAAGUAGAGGAAUCAGACAAGGCCGAAUCGAUUUCGAAAAAUAAGAAAGCUAUAAAAAACAAUCAACUAGAGAAAGCUGUUGAAAAACUACUCAUCGAUUCGGAAACAUCUAGGUCCUAG